AGUGUCGCUGCACUUCCUAUGCCCAUAUUUGGGUGAGCAUCGGCGGAGCCUGAGCUCAGGAAGCAUUUCAGAAGGACUAAAAUGAGCUUUUGUCUGUCGUCUAUCGCAAGAAAAAAAAAAUCCAAACGUUGUUUUGAGUUAAAUUGAUCUGCGUCUCGUUGACAGAAGCAAACUGCAUCUUGCUGCUGCAGAGAUCAGAGAUUUAUCCACAGCAACUCUGACACGCAGCCACAAAAAACAUUUCACACUGGAAAAAACUGUCAGGAGACACAGUGAAAGAUCAUGACGACGCUGCUGGACCUGAAGAGUAGUGUGCUGAGGCAGGUGCAGAGGAGCCAGUCGCUGAGGAGCCGAAGGGAGCCGUCGCCCACCGCCAGCAGCCCCCUCACACACUGUCCUGACCCUUUACCUCGCAGGAUUUCCGAGGAGAGCGUGGAGUUCUUUGAGCGCGUGAAUGCCAUCCUUCAGAAGCAGGACAACAUGCUGCGGGCUGCCCAGGCCGAGUGCGAAAGAGGGGCCUGCACGGUGCCGCCGCCCCAGGAGCACGUGGACCAGACCUUUAACCCCGACAGAACCCGAAGGACAGAGCUGGACCUGCUUUAUGAGGAAGCUGUGUACACGGUGGUCAACCGGGUGGGAGUGCCUUCACCUGAACACGUGAGGAGUGAUGAAGAGCUGUUUGCUUACCUGCUAAAGGUGUUCGAUAUGGGCGAAGAGGAACAUGACAUCAUUCUCCAAAAAGUACAAGAAGCCAAGCGAGCCAGUUUCUCCUUGAGAGUUUCCGUUAUGAAAGCAAAGAAUCUGAUGGCCAAGGACGCAAACGGGUACAGCGACCCCUACUGCAUGCUGGGAAUCCUGCUGGGUCAGAGCCCGCGGGAGACGGAGGAGAAAAAGGAGAGAAAGUUCAGCUUCAGGAAGAGAAAAGAGAAGCUGGAGAAACGCUCCAGCACCAAGGAGGUGUUACCCGCCAGGUGUAUCCAGGUGACUGAGGUCAAACCGGAGACUCUGAACCCCGUUUGGGACGAGCACUUUGUGUUUGAAAUAGAUGAUGUCCACAAUGACCUCUUACAUCUUGACAUAUGGGAUCAUGACGAUGACGUGUCUGUUGCUGAGGCCUGCAAAAAGCUCAAUGAAGUCAGUGGACUUCGAGGAAUGGGCAGGUAUUUUAAGCAGAUAGCAAAGUCAGUUCGUUCCAACGGAUCUGCAUCAUCAGGCUCCGAAGAGAACGUCGAUGACUUCCUCGGAUGCACCAACAUCCCUUUGAAUGAGUUCCCAAUUGUCGGUUAUGACACCUGGUUUAAGCUGGAGCCUCGAUCGAGUACGUCUAAAGUUCAGGGAGAAUGUCACCUGAUACUGAAGCUCUUCACCAACCAGAGAGAUACAGAUUUGUCUAAGAAAGACUCAAAUGUCUCCAUUCACAAGAAACUGCUGAGUCAGAUUGUGGAGUACGAGCACGCUCAUGUUAAGAGAGAGCCGUACAACUGGAACGGGCAGGUUUGUCCUCCAGCAUGGACCGUACUGACUCACCAUGCUGUGCAAACUGAUCUCUCCCCUCUCCACCAGGCCAUUAUUCGCUGGCAGUGCUACAGCAGCCACCAUCGGACCCAGAGGGUGUGCUACUCCCUGCUGCUGCGCCUCCUGAGGACCAUCGAUGCAGAGUGGGACCCCACCGCUGUGAGGGGAGACCUGGAGAGGCAGCUGUCAGACAGCUUCAGGCUGUACACAGAGCACUGCCUGUGCCUGAUGAAGAACAUGCGUCAGGUUUUCCCCUGCACCAGCGCUGCUGCCAUUACACGCUACGAGCUCAUGCUGAGGGGGAUUGGCUACAUGCAGAACAUGCGGGCGUUUAAGACUGUGUGUCCUCUUCGAAAUGAUCUGCAUUUGGACAUCACUACUGCUGUCAAGAAAGGAACCGUGGAGUGGUACGAGAGCUUAAUUGCACGAUAUAAACCAGAGGACGGGAAUCUGGAGGAGCAGCUGAAGAAGCUGGUUCAGGUGGUCGACGCCGUGUGUGCAGACGUUCAGAGAGCCCAGAACACUUACAACAAAAUCUUCUACAGUGCAGUGAAAGUAGAUUUCUUCAGCAUAUCAUACAGGCAGUUGGAGAAACAGGUAGCCGACGAUGUAAACGUGGCGAUGGAGCGGGUGUGUGGGACUCUGGAGCAGGAGAGCUCCAAACUGACUCAGACGAUGGGAGAGACCAUCUUUGAGCUCUUCAUGUCCUUGAAAAUCCUCAAAGGCUUUCGGGAGUUUCUUCCUCUCAAGGAUGCUAAGAUGUUGGCCUUAACAGGCUUUCAUAACUGGUUCAAGUCCUCCAUUCACAAGUGGCUGCAGAUCGUUCACGACAGAUCCUGUGACAGGAUGCGUAAAGCCGUGGACGCAGACAAGCUGGAGCCUGUGCAGCAGGCCAAACACAGCACCUCGGCCGUGGAGGUGACAACAUGCUUCAGCCAGGUACGGGAGAUCUGGCUCCAGCUGGCCUGGCCAGACUCUGCGGGGGCCUUCAUCUUUGUCACUCGUUUGACAGACAAUUUCUGCAGCGAGGCUGUGUCCUACUCGGAGAUGAUAACACGAAUGAUUGAGAGGAACCAGCUGGGCCGAGACCACAAGAGCUUCACAGUGCAGCUCUGCAUCGCCCUGAACAACAUGGAGCAUGUGCGUGUUUUCCUGGGUCACCUGCCGCGUGACCUGGACUGGCCGGGUGUGGAGCGGGCCAUGGAGGAGUCCUGUGGGGCGGAAGGGAAGGAGCAGGUCUACAAGGCUCUCAAUGGGCAGCUGUUCAACAUGGACCUGGACCUGCAGAGAGAGGCCAAACGUCUCAUCACGCUGCUCACCGACAAGAUGCUGCCUGAGCUGCGGAGGUACAUCCAGCACAUCAGCCUGUCUCCAGACUCCAUCAACAAUGACGACGCUGUGUCCCCUCUCAUGAAGUACUUACAAGACACCAUGGUCAUCCUCACUGACAACCUUGUGAAGGAGAAUCUGACUCGAGUUCUCCAAAGCAUGUGGGAGCUGCUCCUGCGGAUGAUCCUGGACGCGGUUGCAGAAAACAGGGGCGUUCAGGUGGAGUUUUACAACCGCUUCCAGUACACAGUGGAGACCCUGUUGCAGUUCUUGCAUGCCAAGGGAGAGGGUCUUUCCGUGGAAGACAUGAAGAGCGGAGACUACAAGGUCCUGGAUGAGGAGCUAAAGCUGAAUAAAUGCUCCUCCUUUGAGCUGAUUGAACAGUACUAUCUGGAGAAGAUUUCCCUACAGAAAACACUCAAACAUACUCGUUAUGGUCGGAUCAGUGUGAAGUGCUACUACGAUGCUCCAGAGCAGAGACUGACGGUGGAGAUUCUGCACGCUGCAGAUAUCAUCGCACUGGAUGCUAACGGUCUGAGUGACCCGUUUGUCAUAGUGGAGCUGUGUCCUCACCACCUGUUCCCAAUGGCAAAGAGUCAACGCACACAAGUGAAACUGAAGACCCUGCACCCAGUAUUUGACGAACUCUUUACCUUCCACGUCAGUCCGGAACAGUACAGACACAGGUUUGCCUGUUUGACCUUCACUGUGAUGGACUAUGACUGGCUCUCCACCAACGACUUCGCCGGUGAAGCCGUGGCUCCUCUCAGCGACUUCUGCUGGCCAGGGAGACCGAACGCCUCAGCUGCCGGCAAGAGCGUCCAGCCUGUCAUUAUCCACCUGUCUCGCAGUAAACCCAGUGAAAAGCCAAUCAUGAGGAUGCUGGACGCUCGCAUCGGAGACAAGGAGGCUCAGGAGUUUGUCCGCAGGCUGAAGGAGAUUGAGAAGUCAAUGGAAGAGGAGUAAAAGCUGUCAACGCUGCCCGUGUUGGUGUUUUCUGACCACGUCUUGCGACAUGUGCUUUUGUACUGGUAAAAUGUUUACAAUAUUUAAAAUUUUUCCAAUGUUAUUGUUUGUUCAGUAAUUAUGCCAAAACGAAAAGAAAAAAAAGGAAAACAGUGAAGCUUAUUGCUGUUUUCUAACUGGGAGAUGAACAUCCUGUCACUGUGCAACCCUAUACUGUCUCAGUUAAACUAUAUUUUAGAAUUCAAUGGAUAGUUGAUCCUAAAUGUUACUAGUCUAUAUUUUUUGUAAUGAAGUAAUUGUUAUCUUUGUUGUAUGAUCUUUGAUAUGAUAGAUUUCAGAACUAUUUUGUGGAAGUAGCUUAUGUAUCCAAUAGUAUUGAGUCAAAGUCUAAAUCUAUACCUCAGAUAUGUUCAUUAGUUGCAGGGGAGUUUAACAGGUGUCGAGACUUUUCAUUCUUGGUGAUCGGAGAUAAAUUGCAUGAAAGCCUAUUUAGGACGUGAAAGCUUAAACCCACAUAGAUUUUCCUGAUCAUAAAGUGGCUUACUACUAAACAGCUAUGAAUAAAAAAUGUCAUGAAGGGAAUUAUGAAGACACAUAUAGCUUUGGGAGAUUGCACUUUCUGAGACUGUGUUUUAAGGCCAGUCAGACAGCUCAGCAGCAGGGAGGCUCAACACUCCCCUGAGGCACACGCCACAGCUCGGGAUCAUUCCACUUUUCAGAUUGCUCUUCACAAAGCUCACGAUGGGUCAUUGAAGAGGCCAAAAACCUUGUAGAGGGAGGACCAAUUCUUUUAACUCAGUUCCCUUUUUGCUGUCAGACAAUAGUGAGUCAACAUCUCUGCAGAAAUGUAUGUGACUGGUACAAUUUAAAGUUGUACAAAGUCAGCACGCUGACAGAAACAAAUUCAUCUGUCGUAAUGUAAAAGAGGAAAAUGUGUUGAACAAUGAAGAGGCUCAUUUAGAGAACUGACUUUUGUUCAGCUUUAUUCAAUCUGAAUCUGUGUUGUCGACUUCACAGUUAAUGAGCUACUAAACCAGCAUCGCAGGAGCACCGUGAGAUAACAAGCAUGUUUGGGUGUCAUCGCGGAUUUAGUACAAACAGAUAAACAUCUUUGGCAUUAAUUGAAGAAGAAACUAGUAAUUCAGGGUUCCCACGCGUCUUUGAAAACCUGCAACAUAGUUCAAGGCAUUGAAAACACAUGGAAAAUGAGAGGAAAAAGUCAAAUAUCCUGGAAAGUCCUGUGUUGUCCUGGAAAACUAUUUCAACAUUCUCCUAUUUUCCUUUACUGAGACUAUAGGUUAUCUAUCAGAACUCCCCAAAAGGGAUAUCAUUGCCAUCUGAAAGGGCCAUGUUUUGUUCAGGAUUAUAUUAACGUUCGAAUGGUAGUUUAUGGACGAGUCCCAACACAUGGUAGCACAUGCAGGUUGGAUGACAUUACAUAGCGUUGCUUUCUACCCGACUUGUUUUAAACAGUUGAAUAAUGUUAAAUUGGUUAGCGUGUAACCAAGCAUGUAAGAGAUGAUAUUACUUGUGGAGUCCCCCAGGGGUCAGUAUUAGGCCCGGAAUUGUUCCGUUAUAAAAAAUACUGAAAUUUAGUUUUAUUUGCAGACAAAACUCCUAUUCCUUGCUUUCAUAGUUACACUAGUGCAGUGCCCGUUCGUGGCAUGGCCAUUCAGAGCAUGUGUCCAUUCAGAACGGGGCUAUAGGUUGGCUACCGGUAGCCUCCCAGUAUCGCUGCUUGCAGCGUUGACGGUGGCACGUGUCCAUUGGGAGCACAUGUCCGUUUGGCAAGGGCUGAUUGCAGCGCUCUCGAAAACAGCUCAUCGCUCAUGGACUCCAGGAAUGUGAAUAAGAGUUUUGUGGUUUAUUCAAAAUGUAUUAAUAUCGAAAUGUGUUGCGUGUCCAAAUUGCACCAAAUUCGACAAAGCACUCCACGGGGUCCCCAUCAACACACCUGCCAAAUGUGGAGUCGAUCGGAUGACAGACAGACAGACAGACAGAGAUCCCUUGCUUUAUGGUUAGCUAGAAAGGGGUGGGACCUUUAUAAACGUUUACUUCUGGGGUUCAAUUUGAUGAUUAAUUUGUGAAAUUAUGAGCCACUUUUGUGCCUUGCGUCUCCUCCUCGGGGAGCAGAAGCUAUAUUCAGAACCGUUCAUACUGGCAUGGUUAUGGGGAUACACCAGGAGACCCUGACGCCUGAUAAUUGAAAGGGAGAAAAUACACCCUUGACGUGACGUCCCCAAAGAUAACACAGUGUGUUUGCACUGCAUGUGGCCAGAUGGCAGCUAAUUGCAGCUAAUGAGCUCAUGUAGCGUUCUGAAAGUUGUGGAAACGGCCAUUAAAUAAGCCUUUUGUCAUCCAAACUUUAAAUCGAUGCAGGCUCAUCACAGACAGAUAAAGGGACCAGGAUGUGAGUUUGAGUCUGAGAGGGACUUAAUCUCUCGAGGUAAAGAGAAAAGGAAACGCAUAAUGAACCUGUGCAGUGGCAUAAUUAUACUUCAGGGGUGCAGCCGCUCUCGCCGGUCUGACAGCUUUAAUUCAACACCGAGCUCUCGCCAGUCCUCCAAAGCUAUAUGUCCUCUGUGACCGAAAGGUUAGGAUGCUAUUAUAAAAAUAAGGAUCAGACUAUAACCUGGAAUCAUCUUAUGGAAAAUAUGAAAUUGUUAUGUAAUUGAAAGUUUACUAAACAACUAAAAAAAAGCA